GGAACUUGUAAAACUUGCCAACAAAAUGGAUAUCAACGUGCGACUUCCUGUCCUACGAUUGUGAAAGUGUCGUAUCUUGUACGAAUUGAUCCCCCGUGACGUAAAAGCAUUUUACGUAUAAGGAGUUCAAAUAAAGAAAGGCAAGAUAAAAUAAUAAGAAAAGGAAUAAUAUCGAAAGGAGUACAAGAAUAAGGACAACGCGUGUUGCGGGAAUAUAACGUGUGAGAGAGAGAGAGAGAGAGAUGAAGAGAGAAAGUGGAUUUUCUCCAUUACGCUUUCGAUCUCUGGGUGGGGAAAAUCAAUAGGGAAAAGCAAGUUCAAUAAGCGAGCAUGGCUAGAAUAUAACUUACGAUUGAUAUAGAAACUAUACUACUCCUUCUCUUAUUAUUUUGAUUGUUUCAAUGAAAAUAUUGAGAUGUGCAAAUGUAUUUUAUCGAAUCGAAUGAAAAAGUUGUUAACAACGGAGACGACUAUGUUACGAGAUGAAUUAUUGUCAACGUCGACGACAGGAACGACGACUCCAUGGCGAAAGAAGAAGAUGUGAUUUCGGGUGUUGCAACAAAAUUUUCCUUUAAAAAGAAAACAUGUUAGAAUUAACUCUAAUCGUAUUAAAUUCUUGACAUCGAUUAACGAAAUAACGUUAAAUUUUCGAUGUUUAUUAAGUUUCAAAGGAAUAUGAUGAUUCGACGCUGGUGGUACGUGUUUUUAAACAUUGCAUUCUGCAUAAUAUUGCAGUUAAAUUGUGUCGAAUCUACUCACAUAACCGGCACUUUCGACACCAAGGAAUUCUUCCGUUUUUUGAUUAAAUUUGGCUUCCAAAAAACUGACCGUCACAGGCAGAAAGACACAUCGGGAUAUAUAUUUGGCAAUAUCACUAGCAAAUUGAACUUUACCGUACCAAUUACAUUGGCUGUUCUUGAUCGUAGUCAUUUUUUGGAGUACUAUGGUAAUAGGACUGUAAUAGAUAAAAAUAUUGCAUGUACUCUAAUGUUUAAUACUCUCAACCAGAGUUCGUAUGAUCCAAAUUGUAAUGACGAAGGCCAAGAUUUUCUAAGGCGAAUACCUUGUCCUAGAGGAAAGUUAUGUCAAGACGAAGAUUCUAUAUGGAAUAUUGUAAAAGGACAUCAAUUCACUUAUGUUAUACAAGACUUUUGGCAACCACGCUUCUGGUAUAUGAGUAUAGUAGCAUGUUAUAGAAAUGCAACAACAUGCCAGUGGGAAUAUUAUGAUAAGCAUGACAUAUUAGAGUAUGAUAUAUGGCUAGUAAAUGGCAAUCCUAAUACUAGUGGCCUGAACAGUCUUACGUAUCAGUUCUCCUAUGACAGGCAGAAUACCAUAGAACUAUAUUUACUGUUCUUUGUGUGCUAUAUUAUAUUAGUUCCGCUGCAAUUAUAUGCAGCAAGAUUACAAAAACACCCCGUGACACGAUUAUUUACGGCUAGCUUAUUAUUAGAGUUUGUUGCAGUGUGUUUAAUUUUAAUACACGUGUUAAAAUUUUCUCUCGAUGGAGUUGGCUACGAACAAUUAGAAGUUGCUGGUGAUAUUUUUGAUAUUCUCUCACGGGCAUCAUUUAUGUUACUUCUACUUUUACUUGCCAAAGGAUGGGCUGUAACUCGAAUGGAAUUAACAUGGAAGCCUCUAGUUUUUGCUAUAUGGCUAUGUUAUGGAAUAGUACACAUUCUACUAUAUGUUUGGAACAUGACCGAAGUCGACAUAGUUGAAGACAUCGAUGAAUACCAAACUUGGCCCGGAUGGUUCAUUCUUUUAUUCCGUAGUGCUAUAAUGAUUUGGUUUUUAUAUGAGCUUCGAAAUACUAUGACGUAUGAACAUAAUACUCAAAAAUUAAACUUUCUUCUACACUUUGGUGCAUCUUCAUUAGUUUGGUUUAUUUAUUUACCAAUAAUAGCUCUUAUAGCGCUUCAAGUAAGUGCUCUCUGGAGGUUUAAAUUAUUAUUGGGUAUAACAUAUUCAGCUGAUUGUUUUGCUUAUUGCGUAAUGACACAUUUGUUAUGGCCAACACGAAGCGAACAGUACUUUUUACUCGCCCAAGGUGGAGAUAAUGGUGAUGAACUUGAUGAAUUCAAUGAAGCACCGCAUGUACUAAAUAAUUAUGUGGAACCACCAGAACUCAGUAAAAUUAUCACUUAAUAUUUAAAUCUUAAUGAGGUAAAAUAUUGAAAAGUAAACAUUAAAAAUGUGAUGUAUAUUUGCCAAAUGGUAAAAACAUAGAAAAUUGGUAAUACUUUGAUCUGUGCUAUUUGAGACUGAAAUGUGCUGCACAUUCUGUAAUUAAUAUAUGUAUAUCAUUGAUCAGAUUGAAAUAUGUAAUAGAAGUCAAUAAUCAAUAUGAAAAAGAUAAAAUGAAGAAACAUAAUGUAAAGAUCAGUUUAUUAUGAUAAUUUUUUACUUAGAGGAUAAAAAGUAAUGAUAAUUGAUUUAUUUUGUACUAAUUCAUAACAUACAGAUAUAUCAGGUGCAUAGUGUAUAAUAGAAUAAUAUAAAAAGAGUCACUCUUUAUUUUUAAAAAUAUUUGAAACGCGUAUCAAUUCUUAUAGUUGACAAUUUUCUAAUUAUUUUUAUUUUUAUUUGACUUCAAUAUUUCACCUAUCUAUCAUAUACUUACUAUAUAAUAUAUACAUAGAUAAAAAUUAUAAAACUAAUCACACGACUCUAUAUGGUAGAUUUUAUAAUUUUAUAGUAAUCUACAUGAUAAAAUUUCCUUGCAAUACUCUCUUUAUUUUUGUUCUUUUCUUUUUUUAUACUUUGUUAGUAAUUUUAUUAUCCUAUACUAUAAAAAAAAUCUAUUUUAGUGUGUGCUUGAAAGAGAAUGAUUAUACAUAGUUGUUUACAUGAUUGGGUGGUUUUAUAAUUACAAUAAAAUGGGAACAUGACUAAGCAGCCAUGAAAUAACUAGUUGGGUACAAAACUGAAUACAUUAAUUUAAUAAGAAUAACAUCAGUAUUAUAUAUACUGCGCAUAUAUACUUGAUAACAGUUUUAUUAUUGCUACAAAUAUGAACAAUGAAACAAUUACUAUAAAUAGUUAUGGCUCUUAGUAGUUUUGUAUUCUUCAGAUUAUAUAUAUGUAUAGAAUUGUCAUGCAGUAAGUUAUUUGAUUUUAAUUUCAACCUAAGCACAGUAAACGCAGUUUUAUUCAAAACUGAAAGUUCUCUAGGACAUUACUACUACUAAUUUUUAAUUAAAAAAUCCACGAUUAAAACUUUUUGAUUACUUUUAACUACCUGAAGAAAGUAUAAAUUCUAUGUGAUGAUUUAUAUUAGAAUAUAGAUAAAUAUAUAUGUAUAUUACAAAACAAAUGAUUAUUGUUAAAUAUUGUUAAAUUUUUCCUUAGAAACUAAUGUUUUUAUUCGUUUAUUUUUUUCUUUUAUUAUAAAUUUAAUUAUACCCCAUUAGGAUAUAUGUUAGUGUAUACAAAGUAGAAAACGAAUCAAUGGACUAUGAAUUAAAAAUUAUAUUUGUAAUAUUACUUUUUACUAGUUGUACAUUAUUUAACGAAACAAUGUUGCUCAAUCUUAUAAUAAAUAAUAUUGAUAGAGAAGUAUACACAAAUAUACACACUGUCUUUAGAAAAAUUUUGAGCUCCAUGUAUGUAUUAAAAUAUUGGUGCAAUGUUUCUAAUAUCUUGAUAUUAUUGUAGAAAUCAGAUAAUAGAUAUCUUAGACAGAAUAAUUGAAAGAAGGUCUAUCGCGUCCUUAAUAAAAAGUAAAUAAAAUGUUUCACAGAAUAAAUGUUAAUGAAUAUUUAAUUCAAAUAUAUAAACCUUGAACAGAAAUAUACGCGAAAUUUAAUAAAUUUGGUUCAGAAUCAAAUAAAAUAUUAAUCACACUUUACAAGUAUAUUCACUUGUGUUUUGUGUGCGCACAAAAUUAUAUUGUGUUUAAACCAAAAAAUUUCUAUUAUAUAUAUAAAUAUAUGUGUGUAAUUAUGUUCUUAAUCAGUAAUCAUUUUCACAUUCAAAUAGUUGUGAAUUUAUUUUAUCUUCUAAAACGCAUUAGAACAACUUUUUUCAUUCAUCUAUAUUAACCAAAAGUGUAAAUCAUUUUCACAUAACCCAUUGUCAAGAAAUAUAUUGUACAAAUGAACGUCAGUAUGAGUUCUAGUUUUUCAUAUUGUUAAAUAUACAACAGUAAAUGGAAAUAAAUAAUGUUUAA